AGGAGGCGCGUGGGCGGCAGGUUAGUACCUAAGGUGCAGAGACCACCCCCAACCCUUUGACUGGGGGUGGGCAUCCCGGAAAGACAUGGCUCGGCCAAUUCCAGCCCCGUUUCCACGCUCAGCACCCGCCCUGCUUGUGCGCGAGCGGCUCCGGCCCGCACGGGUCGCCAGAGGCGCCUGUGUGACACUCGGAGUUUGCUGGGGUCUCCGUGGGCGGGAGGACUUUCGAGCGCAAUGGCGACUCCAUAAGCCCCGCAGCUUCUGCGCCCAGGAAAGAUAUCCAAGAGAUGCAAAGCUCUACUGGGCCCAGGCUGCCACCCCAGAGUCCCCCUUCCGUCCCGGGGCCGGGGCUAGGCCAAGGCGGGAACCAGGACUGCCCAGCCUCCCGGCCCUUCGCACUGGGAACCGUUUCCGGGGCGGAUGCUUUUUGCAUCUGAGCCGGCGCGCCCGGUGACGCCUUCGCGUCCAGACGGAAGUGCGGGCGGAGGAUCCCCAGCCGGGUCCCGAGCCUGUGCCUGAGCCUGAGCCCGAGCCGGGAGCCGGUCGCGGGGGCUCCGGGCUGUGGUACCGCUGGGCCCCCAGCGAUGGCGACCCUGUGGGGAGGGCUUCUUCGGCUUGGCUCUUUGCUCAGCCUGUCGUGCCUGGCGCUGUCAGUGCUGCUGCUGGCGCAGCUGUCAGACGCCGCCAAGAAUUUCGAGGAUGUCAGAUGUAAAUGUAUCUGCCCUCCCUAUAAAGAAAAUUCUGGGCAUAUUUAUAAUAAGAACAUAUCUCAGAAAGAUUGUGAUUGCCUUCAUGUUGUGGAGCCCAUGCCUGUGCGGGGGCCUGAUGUAGAAGCAUACUGUCUACGCUGUGAAUGCAAAUACGAAGAAAGAAGCUCUGUCACAAUCAAGGUUACCAUUAUAAUUUAUCUUUCCAUUUUGGGCCUUCUACUUCUGUACAUGGUAUAUCUUACUCUGGUUGAGCCCAUACUGAAGAGGCGCCUCUUUGGACACUCACAGUUGAUACAGAGUGAUGAUGAUAUUGGGGAUCACCAGCCUUUUGCAAAUGCACACGAUGUGCUAGCCCGCUCCCGCAGUCGAGCCAAUGUGCUGAACAAGGUAGAAUAUGCCCAGCAGCGCUGGAAGCUUCAAGUCCAAGAGCAGCGAAAGUCUGUCUUUGACCGGCAUGUUGUCCUCAGCUAAUUGGGAAUUGAAUUCAAGGUGACUAGAAAGAAACAGGCAGACAACUGGAAAGAAUUGACUGGGUUUGGCUGGGUUUCGUUUUAAUACCCUGUUGAUUUCGCCAACCGUUGCUGGAAGAUUCAAAACUGGAAGCAAAAACAUGCUUGAUUUUUUUUUUUCUUGUUAAUGUAAUAAUAGAGACAUUUUUAAAAGCACACAGCUCAAAGUCAGCCAAUAAAUCUUUUCCUAUUUGUGACUUUUACUAAUAAAAAUAAAUCUGCCUGUAAAUUAUCUUGAAGUCCUUUACCUGGAACAAGCACUCUCUUUUUCACCACAUAGUUUUAACUUGAUUUUCAAGAUAAUUUUCAGGGUUUUUGUUGUUGUUGUUUUUUGUUUGUUUGUUUUGGUGGGAGAGGGGAGGGAUGCUUGGGAAGUGAUUAACAACUUUUUUCAAGUCACUUUACUAAACAAACUUUUGUAAAUAGACCUUACCUUUUAUUUUCGAGUUUCAUUUAUAUUUUGCAGUGUAGCCAGCCUCAUCAAAGAGCUGACUUACUCAUUUGACUUUUGCACUGACUGUAUUAUCUGGUUAUCGGCUGUGUCUGCACUUCAUGGUAAACUGGAUCUGAAAUGCCUGGUGGCUUUUCACAAAAAGCAGAUUUUCUUCAUGUACUGUGAUGUCUGAUGCAAUGCAUCCUAGAACAAACUGGCCAUUUGCUAGUUUACUCUAAAGACUAAACAUAGUCUUGGUGUGUGUGGUCUUACUCAUCUUCUUCUAGUACCUUUAAGGACAAAUCCUAAGGACUUGGACACUUGCAAUAAAGAAAUUUUAUUUUAAACCCGAGCCUCCCUGGAUUGAUGAUAAUAUAUACACGUUUGUCAGCAUUUCCGGUCGUGUUGAGAGGCAGCUGUCUGAGCUCCAAUGUGUGCAGCUUUGAACUAGGGCUGGGGUUGUGGGUGCCUCUUCUGAAAGGUCUAACCAUUAUUGGAUAACUGGCUUUUUUCUUCCUAUGUCCUCUUUGGAAUGUAACAAUAAAAAUAAUUUUUGAAACAUC